GGUUCACUCUCCCUUCCACCUUUUUAGAACGUUCAGCUGUCUCCGCCGCGUUCGAACGAGAGAAUCUUGAGCGCCUCAACGUUCUGUGCUUCCCGGAACUGCAGUGCUGGUUUAGCAUAGUCUUUUAAUAUAGCCAAGCAAGAUGAGGGAAAUCGUGCACAUUCAAGCUGGGCAAUGUGGUAAUCAAAUCGGUGCUAAGUUCUGGGAGGUGAUUAGUGAUGAACAUGGAAUUGAUCCCACUGGAACUUAUCAUGGUGACAGCGAUUUACAGCUGGACCGCAUCAGUGUUUACUACAAUGAAGCCACUGGUGGUAAAUACGUCCCUCGUGCCAUCUUGGUUGAUUUGGAACCUGGAACUAUGGACUCAGUGAGGUCUGGGCCUUUUGGCCAGAUCUUCCGACCUGACAACUUUGUGUUUGGCCAGAGUGGAGCUGGUAACAACUGGGCCAAAGGUCACUAUACAGAAGGUGCUGAGCUGGUGGAUUCAGUCCUAGAUGUAGUGAGGAAGGAAGCGGAGAGCUGUGAUUGUCUGCAGGGUUUCCAGCUGACCCACUCUCUGGGUGGUGGAACCGGUUCUGGGAUGGGCACCUUACUGAUCAGCAAGAUCCGUGAGGAGUACCCUGACCGCAUCAUGAAUACCUUCAGCGUGGUGCCAUCUCCCAAGGUCUCUGACACAGUAGUGGAGCCAUACAAUGCCACCCUCUCCGUGCACCAGCUAGUGGAGAACACAGAUGAAACCUACUGCAUUGAUAACGAAGCCCUCUAUGACAUCUGCUUCCGCACCCUCAAGCUUACCACUCCCACCUAUGGCGACCUUAACCACCUAGUCUCUGCCACCAUGAGCGGAGUAACGACCUGCCUCCGCUUUCCUGGACAGCUGAACGCUGACCUCCGCAAGCUGGCAGUCAACAUGGUCCCCUUCCCCCGUCUCCACUUCUUCAUGCCUGGCUUCGCCCCGUUGACCAGCCGUGGCAGCCAACAGUAUCGAGCCCUGACAGUGCCAGAGCUGACUCAGCAAGUUUUCGAUGCCAAGAACAUGAUGGCAGCCUGCGACCCCCGCCAUGGACGCUACCUGACCGUGGCAGCCGUCUUCCGGGGUCGUAUGUCCAUGAAAGAGGUAGAUGAGCAGAUGUUGAAUGUGCAGAACAAGAACAGCAGCUACUUUGUAGAGUGGAUCCCCAACAACGUCAAAACAGCGGUGUGCGACAUCCCUCCCCGUGGUCUGAAAAUGGCCGUCACUUUCAUUGGCAACAGCACAGCCAUCCAGGAGCUCUUCAAACGCAUCUCCGAGCAAUUCACUGCCAUGUUCCGCCGCAAGGCCUUCCUCCACUGGUACACAGGGGAGGGCAUGGACGAGAUGGAAUUCACAGAAGCAGAGAGCAACAUGAAUGACCUGGUCUCUGAAUACCAGCAGUACCAGGAUGCUACAGCGGAGGAAGAGGAGGACUUCGGUGAGGAAGCCGAGGAAGAAGCUUGAGGCUAAUCUACCACCGUUUAAAAAAAAAUAAUAAAAUUCGCACAAAAUAAAAAUUAAAAAAAUAAUUGCAUCUCAUGUUCUAUUUCUUUCUUCUCUUCCUCAAGCCUCUAGUCUGUCAAUCCUUCCUCCAGGCAUAUCUUUUAGGGGGCGGUCUCCAUUUUAACGCUGGCUUAACAUGAUCCUAAUUCAUGUAUGUUUUUUCCUCAGUGGUGGGAUUAACUCAUGGCUGAGAACACAACAAUUGGUUAAAGUGUCCCUUGUGAAUGCCAAAAUGGGAGUCAGCACGGAAAGAAGUGCCGUCUCUCUGCCAACAGCUCUUGGUGGUCAAUUAAGUUAUUUGAGACUCCGGAUUCAAGAAGAAACUGAACUUUCCCUUUCUAACUCUGGUCUUCACUGCCACUAUUCAUCAUAGCUAUGUGAGCUGUCAGGAGUGUCAAGGCUCAGUGGGGCUUGUGGUAAAAGGGACUGAGGAAAGAUGGACCCCUACUUGACCGGGCUCCAUGCUUCAGGUAAGGUGGUUGCCUUAAAAUGGAGACAGUUCCUAAAAUCUACAUUGCUUUCUCUGUUAAGCAGAACUUCCUUGUAAAAACUGGGAGGGUUUCAUCUAGUUCUGAUGCCAGCUAUUGAUCCUAAGGGGGGGAGCAAGCACUUGAUUUCAUAUUGUAUUUGCUUAUGGAAACUUAAGCUGAUUCUAGAUGACACGUAGAAUGGGUGUGAAGGAAGGCAGAGGAGGUGUAAUAGUUUCUUACUAUUUUUCAUUCUCUGAUGUGAAGUGAACUGUCUUCAGAAGUUAAAAGACUGGUGAAGGGAUUUUGUUGCAUUGAAUAGUAUGAAAUGCUGACCAAAGUUUAACUCAACAGCAUGUGUAGCUUACCCUAGCUUCUAAACAACCCUGAAAUUACCAAAAGGGACAUAUACCCUCACAAUUUUGUCAUCUUCAUUCAAUCACACUCCCACAUCUACAUCAGUGCUGCUCAAGCAGGAUGGUGGACACCUUCAGUUUCCAGUGAAUGGCAUGUAUCCUAUCAGUCCACUGACCGGAGCCUUCUUCCAGCAGAAGGUAGGAUACAUUGCCAAUGUUUCCACUGAUAUUCCAGAAUUGCCCUAUAGCACAUACAUCAGUGGAAAGGGAAUAUUGCAGCAAAAUUGAUAAGAUUCAAGGGAAGGCCACAAGCAUGAAUCUGGUCUUGGAAUUGGGGAGGGGUAUGUGUGGAGAGUCGCUUGUAGGACACUGAAAGAACUAUAUUACAGGGUGGCUGCAGAUUCAGCUACCAAAGACUGAAGUUUAGUUUUAGAUAUGGAAGCAAAGCUGAUGAGGUUAAGCCUCUUCCAAAAGCAGGAUGAAAACAGUGCCAGCUGUCUUUCAAAAUGCCUCCAAAGAGCUAGUAUACACCUGCAGCAUUCACUGGACUGUACCAUUGUGGAGAGACUAGUGCAGGCUGCUCCUCCUGGUAAGUUUAUUCUUGCCGGGGUGCCUACCUUCUGUGUGUUUCCCUCACUACCACCUGAAGUGGAACAGCCCUCUUGCUACAUUGUGUGGGCAAAGGUGAAAAAUCUGAUACCAUUCCUAGGUAGGAUCUUGCAAGGGAGGAGCUGGAGCUGCAUGGAAAGGGAUGACUGCUUUCGUUCUUGUACCAAUGCAAAUGCGAUCAUACAGGGAAGAUUUAUCUGCUGCAGUUAUACCUUUCGCUUUUUUCAGUCUUCUUUUUUUGCCUGUCUGUAUGCUUUCUUUUCCUCAACUCAUUUUUCAUUUUUUUUUUGUUUUAAAGCUCUGCUUUUUCAUAUUGAAAAGAUGUCAUGUGAACAAAUAAAAUGUGUUUUUAUGUUC